AUGAAGGCAUCCUUUGCACUUUUCGUCUUGUCGUUCUUCUACACGCACUGUCUCGCUGCCUCAGUCGACAUGUGGUCUUCACCACUCAAGGAGCGAGCUGCACUCAAGUACGAAGCCAUCGAGCCUGAAAUUGUUAAGGCUCGCAUUGGUACUACUCCUGGCGAGAACAGUGAGGGGGACCGAGAGUCUGGCAUGGUUUACUUCUGCCGUGAGGAGAACUGGGGAGCUCCAUGUUUCGCCUACCGUCCUGAACUUGAAUAUACAUGCAACGAGCUAGGCCCUGAGCUUAAAGGACACAUCGGAUCUGUUUUCGUUGAUCCUGGCAUGAUCUGCCGUCUAGCUGGAUUCAACAAUGAUCGAUGUGCCCCGAUCAAAAUAUUUGCCUGGCCCGAGACCCAGCACGGCUGGCCUGACCUAUUUCAUCAGAACGCCCCAGGAGGAGCUAUCAAGCUCGGAGCUGCAACAACACACUUCACAUGCGCUGAGUGUACCAAUUGCGUUAAGAAAUCUGGACAAGACGCAUUUCUUCAGAAUGGAGCUCUACUACCAGUUACCCACCGCGACCACUUUCGUGAAGAAACCCAGAUGAACGAUGCAUCCGAUAAACAAACCCGCAAACCAUCAACGACUGAUAUCAUUUCAGACCAGCUCUCUAUCCUACAAAUGGUGAGAGAUAACCUGAGACCUAUGAGGUCACAAACUCCCUCUCCAGAGUCCGUGCAUAGAGCUCCAAGGAGCACAUCUUCAUCAUACCAUGACCAAGGUACUGGAUUUAAUGAUGUGCCAUCACCAGCAUCAGACACUCGCAUGCCAAGCUUGGACUUGGGCGAUUUGACGAAAUACAGUCGCUUCAACGACAGGCUAUCUGGCCUGAGAUCUUCAUCAAGCUCUUCUGUUGCUGCGAGAGCUCUGAAUCAAGGAAGCACCCACGGGGCAGGAGUUGAUGAGACACUAGCUUUCGGGCACUUGCAACGACUACCCAUCCAGUCCUACCACUCCUUUGAGAUUGUAUCAAGUUCCGAAGACCUACAGUCAAAUGUGACGCCUGCUCAGAAGACCAUGACGAGACAGCCUUCAUUGGAAGACACUACCGGGUUUGGAAGGACUUACCCCCUGACACCAGUGAAGGCCCGAAUCCGACCCCAGCUUGAUAGCCCAGCAGAAGAACGGUACUCAGAAAGUCCUAGCCCGUCAACCAAACCGCCACGGGUGGAAAGAAGAAGCAAGAGAAAAUCUUCUGUCAUGUCUCUUCGAAGCUUGACAGAGGGUGUGAAACGGACUCGAGCCGGUGUUGAGAAAUUGGCACACAAUAUUUGUUAUAACAGCUGCAGUAAACUUCGCCAUGCCCAUCAGAGUGUCAGGCGUCAACAUAAAGAGCAGAGAAAACACCACUCGGUUUGGAAGGCACUGCGCCGCAAACUUAGACCUGAGGAUGCCAGCAAGCCCAAGCAUGAGAAAGCAUCUGCGUCUUUCUCUAUCGAACAAGGCGGGCAUGGAACUGAGUCCUGGUGGAAAGCCGGCGUAGAGAAGUAUCACGCCCCCAAGUGGAUGCGCUUCGGGAAAUAG